AUGAAGUCACAAAUCGACCAGAACGAGACAACUAACAUUAAUACUGCUCAGGAGACACAGGCCCCGGUGUCCAAAGACGAUGGGCCCGUAUUGCGAGCUGCAGCAGACGACUUGUCGGUCUGGCAGAGUGUUCGUCGUUUCAAAAAGGUCGGAUACGUAGCCAUGGCGGCAGCGUUCUGCGCAUCACUUGAUGGAUAUCAAAUCAACCUCAACGGUGGUAUUGUGGCCAACAAGGGCUUCAUCCAAGUGAUGGCAAGCCCGGGUACUACCGUCAUUGCUGGCACCUACAUCUCAGCAUGGACUGGAAUCCAGGCUACGGGUCAAACUGUUGGGCAAAUUCUUCUGCAAUUCGCAACGGAGAGUCUCGGCCGUAAACCAGCACUGUGGAUUAUCUGGGUAAUCCUCGUUGCGAGUAUUUUGGCUGAGUCGUUUGCCAGCCACUGGGAUCAUUGGCUGGUAGCGAAGCUCCUUUCCGGAAUGGGUGUCGGUAUGCUCCAGUCGACUAUGCCUGUCUAUCUGUCAGAAAUUGCGCCAACCCAGCUCAAGGGUUUCUUCAUCAACGCAUACAGCUUCUGGUUUGUCAUCGGUCAGCUUUUCGCCUCUGUCGCAUUGAAUAGGCUGGCUGCUGUGGAUCCUUAUGACUACAAAGUGCCUAUUUACACCCAAUGGGCCAUGAUUGGUGGCAUUGCCAUCAUCUUUGCGCUCUUGCCUGAGUCUCCAUGGUGGCUUGCCAGUAAGGGCAAGCUAGACAAGGCGGCCAAAGUCCUGCGCAUGUUGCAUGGAAAAGUUGAGAACUACGACAUCGAGGAACAGAUUGAAGUCAUGACCGCCACCGUAGCACUUGAGCGUCAAAAUGCCGAGCUGAGCAAGGAGGUUGGCCUGUUUGCCGUUUUAAAAGGUCGCAACUUCAUGCGAUUCAUCAUCGCCGGCUGGCCUAAGAUCACGCAGCAGCUGGUUGGCCUGAUCGUGUUCAACACCCUUGCAACUUACUUCUUCCAAUAUGCUGGAAACCAGAACCCGUUCCUCGUUACAGUCAUCCUGUCAUGCGUACAACUGAUCUCCAUGUUACUCACCGCCACCACGACCGAUCGCUUUGGUCGCCGACCCUUGACCGUCUACCCUUAUGCAGUGACGGUGGUCUCUGUCCUGUGCUUGGGAAUCAUUGGCUGCUUCGACUACACCAAGUCAGCGACUAGCGCCCUUCUGGUAUUCUUCGCAUGUCUGGCGACCUUCUCGACCACAGGCGCCUCCGCUAUCGGCUACGCCUAUGCGGCCGAGAUACCUCAGCAGCGACUGCGUGCACGCACGGCUGCAUGGUCCCUCGCUGUGUCGAACAUGAUCUCUAUCAUGUCCAGCUUCUGUGCUCCCCUCAUGAUCAACGGAACCGCGACGAAAUGGGGCCCGAAGACAGGCUUCUUUUUCGCCGGCACUGGUACCGUCGCUGUUAUCGUUGCGUGGCUCAUCCUUCCUGAAGUCGCACGCCGCACACCUGCUGAGAUUGACGAACUAUUCGAGAAGAAGGUCAAUCUCCGCAAAUUUGACAAGUAUGUUACCGAGGUCCAGGUACACGCCAAUGAGCUGCACCACGAGAAAGGGGGCGCUUAG